AAUUUCUUAUUACAGGAAAUGAACCUAAAAUUGAAAAUCGCCAUCAUAGUCAUAGGCUUCAUUCAUGUCUCAAUUGCAAUUGCUCGAAAGUCCACAGAUGGUGUGGCACACCAUCGAUUGGUCCGUUUGCACACCAUACUCAUCACAUCUACCGCAAUGUUGUCAGCCUCGUAUUACAUAUGGAAGAGGGUCAAUUUUGCCAUAACAAAGUUGUUCAAAACUUUGAAGUCCGAGAAUGAAUUACCUAUUGCAAAUAGUAAUGAAAGUGAGAGUGAUUUCGCAAUGAAUACACUUCUACCAAGCCCCAACCCGGUUGGCAAUCGACGUCUCCGACUUAUUUGCUUCCAAGACAUUGCUCAAGCUUUAAUGAUGCUUUUCCUUUUCCUCUCCCACAUUGCUAUGUUUUUCUACUACAUUUUCCUUGGGCCGGAACCAAACGUCAUUGCCAUCACAAGCUUGAGCUUCAUUGCCGCUUACGCACACAUUCUCAUUUUCCUUCUCAUUGCUGACGUAUUAUUUUACUCUACAAAGUUAAUCCACAGUAAAGUGGCACCGAAUUCAGUGCACACAUAUCUCAAAGAGAACCGAUGUUAUCAUAUACUCCUUGCACUUAUUCUCGGAUUCAUUUUCAUGUUUGCUGGACUCUACACGACUCACACUGACCCGAUUGUAAGAAGUGCAAGUAUACCUAUGAAAAGAUUCCAGUCAAAUUCGGGAAACGUCUCCAUCGCACUUUUGUCCGAUGUUCACAUAGGACCAUCUGUAGGAAGAACGAGAAUAGCAAAAAUUGUUGAGCUCACGAAUGCGCUGAAACCAGAUAUCAUUGCAAUUGCCGGAGAUCUUGCUGAUGGACUUGUUCGAGAUUUUCAUGGAGCUGCUGAGCCAUUGUGCAACUUGAAAGCGCCUGGUGGUGUAUACUUUGCCACAGGUAAUCAUGAAUACAUGCACGGGAAUGUCACCGAGUGGUUCUGGUUCUUGGAGAACUGCAAUAUUACAGUCCUUCACAAUUUGAAUAAGCACAUUACUGUCAACGGGCAGAAGCUCUGUGUGGCCGGUGCCGAUGAUCUUUAUGCUCUCCGAUCAAAUGUUCCUGGGCAUGGAAUGGAUUUGAGAAAGGCUCUCGGGACAUGUAACUCCGACUCGACUAACAUUCUUCUUGCUCACCAGCCAAACGCAGCCAAGAUUGUCUUAUCGGAUUCUGAAUUGAGCAAAAAAGUUAAUUUGAUUCUGUCAGGUCAUACGCACGGAGGGCAAAUGUACCCAUUUGUGCCAAUUGUGCAUCUUGCAAAUGCAUUUGUAAGAGGUCAAUAUUAUGACAAAUCAACCGAUACAUACGUGUAUGUAAGUGCCGGAGUUAAUUAUUUUGGACCGCCUAUCAAAAUGUUUGGAAGUUGUGAAAUCAUUUUUAUCACUAUGACACAAUAACUUAGUACUAUCAUAAUCUUCUUUGAUGUAUUUUUGAACAAUGUUGUAAUUUUGACGAAAACAUGACCCGGGUGAACUAAAAUUCUCAUCAUUUUUUUUGAAAAUGAUUAUCAUUUGCUUUAGCAGUCAUAUUGUGUUACGUUGUGGUAAAACAAUGACAUCAGAUUAAUUUAUUUUUUUAUUUUUAAAUUGAAUAAACUUUAAUGCAUGAAAAAUAAAUGAAAGUUUGUACAAAAA